AUGGCGACAAUAGGAACGACGCUUCCCAGCGUGCUUGCUGGGUGCGCGGUGCUCUUGGCGGGCAUCGCAUACCUGGAUCCAGGCCUGGCGCUUGUUGACAUGUUUCGAGAGCAGACAGGCUGGCUUCGAGCCAAGGCCACCUCGUCAUCUCACUUCACUUGCCUCCCGCAUGCCUACACGACCGAGCUCGUCUCGGUCGACCCACUGGUUAUCUACAUCCGCAACUUCACAACCUCGGCCGAGGCAGCCUCCAUCAUGGCCACCGGCACCCCACACCUAGUCUCGUCGCCCAUUGUCGUCCGCGGAGCUGACGCUAGCGGCGCCCCGUCGCGGACGUCGCACUCGGCCCCUCUCGACCCCACGGACCCAGCCGUCGCCUGCGUGCUGGCACGAGCACGCUCCUUCAUGGGCGGCGUGCUGCCACCGCCACAGGACGACAACAACGAGGCGGGCAGCGGCGGGCCGCAGAUGGUGCGCUACAACAGCACGGGCUCGCGCUUCGACCUGCACACGGACUGGUUCGCCCGCCCGCGCGUGCUGCCCGCCGACGCGGCAGCCGGGCGGCGACGCAUGUACAACCGCGCCGCCACCUUUUUUGCCGUGCUCGAGUGCCGCAACUGCAGCGCGCGGGAUGCCGCCGGCGAGACGUGGUUCCCGCGGGUUGAGCCUGUGGCGGUUUCGAAAAGAGCCGGCGAGGACGGCGCGUGGAGGAGGCACCAGGACGGGGGAGUGGCCUUUGCGCCGGCCGCGGGAAACGCUGUCUUUUGGGUCAACCUUUUCCCCGCCAACGGCUCGGGCGACGCCAGGGUGGUGCACGCAGGACUGCCCGUGGCCGAGGGGAGCGUCAAGACGGCCAUGAACAUCUGGCCCAGGGUGUUCUUUGGGCCCGACGCUUGA